CGACCACGCUGCAGCUGCACUUUCACCGUACGCUGGAGAUCAAUACGUAACAGCGCGUUUUUAUACUCGCUUGGAGGACAGAAGUGAAAGGCUUGACAAGGAGGUGAUACAAGCCGCGCUUAGAACAUGUCUGCCCAGAAAUCGGCACCGAAGCCGCAGAAAAAGACGAAGGAAAUGGAGUACGAGGAGAAGCUGAAAUUGCUCGACGCAGAACUGAUGUCCUUUUAUCAGUACUGCAAACAGGCCGGGUUUACACCAGCGGAAAUGGAUAUUAUUUGUGCACCGCUGGUCGCAUCGCUCAGAAAGCAUUUUCUCAAAAAAGUUGCUAAAGUAGUAAGCAGCAUAGUGAUUGUAGCCGCAGUUCUGUACGGAUUCCUACAGAUAGAAGUCGUAAACAACCACGCCUCCGCUCUCGGCCGACUCCUACUAAUUAAGUUGUUGCCAGUGUGGGAUUGGACAUACCUUUUCUACGAGUCUUGUCUUGUUACCAAUCCAUUUUAUGGAGACUACUCUCUGACAGAAGAAGAUUGCAUUAGUUGUGAGACGCUGGAUGCCAUUGAUCGGGUUGGUGGAGUCUCGUACGAACAACUGCUAGACAACUAUCUCAGCCGAGAUGCUCCAUUGAUCGUUGUAGAUGCCAUGGACUCCUGGCCAGUUAUGAACACAGACGAUUUCUGGUUUGACAACAUCACACAGCUCUAUCUUCAGGAUGAGAAACUUGCAGAUACUGUACCCUGCAUCCUAACAACAAAUUUGCGACCUGGGUCUUCAGACUUGCAUGUAGUUCUGCAGAGAAUACACAGUUUGAAGGUGGAGAAAUGGUUUGUGCACUGGCAAAAUUGUGACAUUCAUGCAGUUAAAGCUCUUCGAAAAUUUUAUCAGCGUCCCUAUUUCUUGGCAAGCUCUGUUUCACCAGCCCAUUUUAAUUGGGUUCUGAUGUCCUCUGAUUACAAUACAAAAGUGUACAAAAAGGUGGAGCUGGAUUCUGGGCUUAUAAUGCUGGCACAGCUAAGAGGUUCUACAGCAUUUCGGUUAACACCAAUGAAUCCUUGUAAUUCAUCUUGUCCUAUGCUUCUUGGAGAUUUACAAGAAGGAGAGAUGUUGGUGUUCACCAAUUUUCUAUGGGCAUUUGAGUAUUUUCCUGGAAGAAACUUAGACAAUGUGGCUAUACUGACAGAAACAGUGUGGGACGAAGCUUCAAAAUAAGUUUUCUGUGCUGACAGUUUAGACAAAUUUCUGAAAUUGUGUGUGUGUAAAAUGUGUUCAUAUUGAUAAGAAAAUUUUUAAUUAAUAUUUUAAUUAUAGUUGAUGCAUGUACGUUGUCAAAACUCCAUAUCAAAUAAAUGCAGAACUAAUACUA